UAUCUUACACAAGCGUGUUUGCUACUCGGAACAGUCCAUCCGCCUCCUGUCAUCUGACUUGUUAUAUAUUACUACCGACUGCUUUAAUUUUACUGAUGGCGGCAUACAGGGCACAGCCUGCAUUUUGCAGAGGGGUACAUACCCUGGCCGUUUCAGCAGAUCUGUUUAAAUUAAACAGAAAUAGACUCUGUGAAAGUCUGAAGGAUAAGGUUCCCAAAGGUGCACUUGUACUACUACAGGGCGGCGAGUCGGAGACACGCCACUCUUCAGACCAUGAACCUAUCUUUAGACAGGAGUCGUACUUCCAUUGGACCUUUGGAGUGGAGGAGCCAGAUUUCUUUGGAGCUAUAGAUGUUGAUACUCAGAAAUGUGUUCUGUUUCCUCCGAAGCUACCAGAGUCUUAUGCUGUAUGGAUGGGAAAACUUCUAGGACUGGAGGACUUCAAAGUGAGAUAUGGUGUAGAUGAAGCUCAAUGGGCCUGUGAUAUUGCUGAAGUUCUCAAGACCAAGGCACCUUCAGUGAUUCUCACUUUGAGGGGUAUGGACACAGACAGCAGUAAAUACACUAGAGAGGCAGCCUUUGAUGGCAUCAGUGAGUUUAAAGUGGACAACACAGCACUUCAUCCUCAGAUUAUGGAGUGCCGUGUGUUUAAGACGGAUGAGGAGCUUGAAGUACUACGUUACAGCAACAGGCUCAGCAGUGAGGCUCACAAGGAGGUGAUGAAAUGUAUCCGCCCAGNUAUGUAUGAGUACCAGUUAGAAAGCAUAUUUCGCCAUUACUGUUACUUCAAUGGUGGGAUGCGGCACCAGGCUUAUACAUGUAUCUGUGGAACUGGUGACAAUGGAUCAGUAUUACACUACGGCCAUGCAGGAGCUCCCAACUCCAAACAGGUCAGCAACGGAGACAUGUGCUUGUUUGAUAUGGGCAGUGAAUAUUGUUGCUAUUCAUCAGACAUCACAUGUUCCUUCCCGGCCAAUGGCAAGUUCUCUGAGAAACAGCGUAACAUCUAUGAGGCCGUCCUGAAGUCUAGCCGAGCUGUCAUGGAUGCAGUAAAACCAGGUGUGUCUUGGGUAGACAUGCACCUGUUGGCAGACCGAACACACCUGGAGGAAUUAAAGAGGAAAGGACUGGUAAAGGGAGAUGUUGAUGAGAUGAUGAAAGUGAGGCUGGGAGCAGUGUUCAUGCCACAUGGACUUGGACACUUCAUGGGGAUAGACACACAUGAUGUGGGAGGUUACCCAGAGGGUACAGAGAGAAUUGACCAGCCAGGCCUACGGUCACUUCGGACAGUACGUACACUUGACCACCGCAUGGUCAUCACAGUAGAACCAGGAAUCUAUUUCAUCGAUAUUCUGAUAGAUGCUGCCCUGAACAACCCAGAACAGGCAAAGUUUUUGGUGAGGGAAGAAAUUGACCAGUAUCGAGGUUUUGGAGGGGUGAGGAUUGAGGACGACAUCACAGUUACAGAGGAUGGGAUGGAAUGUCUUACCUGUGUCCCUAGGACUGUGGAAGAGAUUGAGGCUAUAAUGGAGGAAGGCCGUAACAGGCCUCAGGUGCCUCUUCCUCAAGAAAUGGAGAAACUGGUUUGAGACUAUCAUAGUUGCAAUGAAAUUGUAAAACACUGUUUGAAUAAGUGACAGGUUCCAUGUGUUUCUUAAUUAAGAAAAAUAAGGACUGUUAAUAAUAAAGGUUGUUUUAUUGAUUUCAAAAUUCACCAUAACGAUUAUGAAAUGUUACUCAAGUCCUUACGUAGUUUGUAUUCAGAACACUAGUUAUGUCUGUUCUUAUAAAAAGGUUAAAGGCCUUAUAUUUACUGGGAAAUAAUUGUCAAAGCACACUGUGGUCUGUUUUACAUAUUAAUUGAUAUUUAGUUUAAAAUUAUAUCACAAGAACAA